UCCAUAGAAAAUAGGAGUUGAGAAAAGAUGGGUGCCCCUCAUCUUCUUGUACAUUAGGAGGGAUGUACUCUGUCGAAUGGAUUUCAGCAGAACGAAAUAAACAAACAGAGUUAUGAAAAAGAAGGAAUUUGAAUAGAUUUUUAUAAUUUCAUCAAACACUGAGUGUUUGCAUUUUAAUUAUUUUUAUUAGGCUAAUAAUAGCAGAGAAGAGAAAGGAGUGGGCUGUGUACCAACUCCCACUGCUGAUGAAUAGAAAGGACUAAGAGACGAUUACCCCGAAACAAGGACAAAGGAGGGCAACCGAACUCUCCAAGCCCGCUUUGUUUCACUUCAAAACCCUACCCUCAAAAUCUCCUCUUCCCUUCUUGGGCUUAUUGUAACACACAACACAAGCACAAUAUCACUGUCUCUCCUUUCUCUGUCCCUGUCUUUCUUGAAAAAUCAAAACCAGUACCCACCAUGGAUGCUUCUGAAGCAACAAAUAUACUGUGGUCAAAAAUCACAAAUUUAGACCCAGAAAAUGCCUACAAAAUCAUGGGCUACAUCCUUAUACAAGGCCUUAGUGAUAAGGAUUUGUUUUCUUUAGCUUUUGGCUCUGAAUCCCUUUUGCAAAGCGUAAUUAUCAAAGCUAAAACCCAGUUAGGAUUUUCUACGAACGCCUUAUCCACACCUUCAGCACCGUCCUCUCCUUCACCGCUGAAUCCUAUUUCAAGACCCAGCAAUAGUCACAACCCUUUUUCACAAUCUGGUUCUAGAGUUAGUUCUUUUGUUGAUUUUGCGAAAAACCCAUCUCCACACUCAUGGCCUGCUCCAUGCUCAGGGUUCACAAACAACAAUAGUACUGUUUCCAUUAGCCCAAAGUCAAGUCCCUUUCUUUCUUACGACAAUAUACGUGCUGGUUCUGCUUUAGUGCCUCCAUAUUCUAAGAAUGGUGUUAAUGGGAGUGCAGAUACUGGCAAUAACAACAGUGAUUUACUUAAUGAGUACCAAUUAGAUGAAUAUUUUUCUUUUCUUGAUGAUCUCUCUCCACAACAUGAAGAAUUUGUGGAUCCAAGGCUUCAGUUGAGUGGUUUUGGUAUGAAUAAUGUGGAUAGCCAUUUGCAUAGGAGGAGAUUCUCAGAGAGUGAUGCUUGCUUUGGUACUGAAGACGGGGGUUUUGGAAUUGGCUACAGACCAUGUAUGUACUUUGCUAGAGGGUUUUGUAAGAAUGGAGACAAUUGCAAGUUCGUUCAUGGUGGUUUUGGUGGUGAUAAUAUCGGUGAGGUUAGUGCUGGGAGUGCCAUUGUGGGAUCACCCGGGGAAAUGGAGGGUCUUUAUUUGCAACAGCAUGAAGAAAUUAUGAGAAUGAAGGCUGCACAGCACCAGCAAAGAUUGGCUUACAGCAAGUACAUGAAUUUUCUGUUGCAGCAAGAGAAUGACUCCCCGAGAAUGGGGGCAGCAUCAGUUCUUAUGGGUGAUGAAAUUCACAAGUUUGGCCAGUUCCGUUCAGAAAGGAAUGACCUUUUGGCAAUGGCAAUUGAAGAAAAGGCAAACUCAGCUUCCAGGCAGAUCUACUUGACAUUCCCAGCUGACAGCACUUUCAAAGAUGAAGAUGUAUCAAAUUAUUUCAGCACUUUUGGUCCAGUUCAAGAUGUCAGGAUUCCAUAUCAGCAGAAGCGAAUGUUCGGAUUUGUCACAUUCGUCCACUCAGAGACUGUGAAGGUUAUAUUGUCUCGGGGGAACCCUCAUUUUAUUUGCAAUUCACGUGUGCUUGUUAAGCCAUACAAGGAAAAAGGAAAAGUUGCAAACAAGAGGCAACAACAUCUACAACAGCAGCUCAUGGAUAGGGGUAACUUUUCACCCUGUUCUAGCCCUUCUGCACUUGAUCCUAGAGAGCUAUAUGAUCUCCGCCUUGGAGCAAGAAUGCUCUACAAUACACAGGAGAUGAUGCUAAGAAGAAAGUUGGAGCAGCAGGCUGAACUCCAGCAAGCAAUUGAACUCCAAGGGAGAAGGUUGAUUAAUCUGCAACUUCCAGACCUGAGGGGCGACUAUAUUCACAAUCACCAACGUAGUCUGUCUGCUGGUGCACCAAUUUCCUUGCCCCCUCAUUCUCCUGUUGAUAUCAAUCUAAAUCUUACUUCCAAUGUCAAGAAUCAGGAUGUAUUAGAGGUUGGGGGUAAUAACUCAUCCACCAGUGCUGCCUCUACUAUGGCUGUUGUUGAACAGAACCUUCAGCUUGAUGUAAAUGCAUCUUGCAUUCAAAGUAAUGGUACAGUCAAUGGCAAGGAGGGGAACUUUGACCCUAAAGGAUGCGAUGCCAAUGAGUGUGGCACGACCAUAAUAGAGCAUGGUCUUCCUGAUAGCCCCUUUGCUUCUCCUGCUAAAAAACUGGGGAAUCAAGUUGAGAUCUCCCCUCCUUUGGCAGAAGUUAAAAAAAGCACCGAGUUCUAUGGCAAUUCAUCUUCUGAAAUUAGCGUGUCAGUGCCCGAAACUUCUAAUGGCAACAUGGCUUCUCUUUAAUAAUGUUCAAAAUGCUAAGGUGCUUCUUUGCUUUGAUUUGCUAUAUUGCUAUAAUUCUAUUCUCUUACAGUUCCAGGAGUAGGUGCUUAAAUCUGAUAGAUAAGCACUUUGUUUCUGAUGUAUAUACAUAUAUAUGUUUUUUGUUUGGAUGCAAAGCCAGAGUUAUGUAGGUAAUAAAGGUUAAGCUUGGACAAAGAGAUCGACUUUGCUAGGACAAUAGGGCACAUACAAAGAAGGUCCUGUAGAUGUAUAGCAAAAUCAUACCUUCACCAAAUGGUAGAUCUGUAGAGAAUAUCUCAGCAAGAUUGCCAUGAUCAUCAUCAUCGAUACAAUACUACUAACAGCAAAAGCAUAUUACAUACAUAAUGGACACAUGAACUAAUUUGAGUAGGGUUCUCUUUGUUAUUACUUUGGCUCUUUUUUUAGGUUGUGUGCUGGACCACAGACUAAAUUAGAACUAAAGAAUAUGACUCUUGGUACAAUGUCUAGUAUACAUCUUUGCUUUAUGUCGCCAUUCUUUUAUAAGAUAUUACACUUGAGAGAAGUUAACGUAUGUGUGGACAAGAUUAGAGCUCAAAUAUACAGCCUCGGCUUGGAUGAGA